GUGGUACUUAAGGGGCGGGACUUAACACAAAAAGGGGAGGGACAGUGUGGCGUGCAACAACAAAAAAGACAAGCUACAGUGUUGUGUCAAAUAAAUGGUGGGUCCACAUUGUCCAAGGCAAAGGAAAUGUAAGUUUUCCUUGGCGGCCAAGAGAUUUUAUAGAUGGUAUUACAAAUCACUGGCAGCUACAUUUCCCAUAAAUGUGUAUUACUGACCCAGCCCCAGCAGGUUUUUCCCUAUCUAGGCCGGGCAACCCUAGCAUUGGUCCAGGUCAGAGGAAGGCUAGCAAUACCAUUGUUAUGUGCGUAUUACCUCUCACAGCACUUACUGGUAGGGUUGCCACAUGACCGGUAUUUUACCGGCCUGGCCGAUAAAAAUGAAGCUUUAUCCCAAUUUAAUUAAUACUGGCCUCUAUUGUAAAAUAAAUUUGAAAAAAUGCAUUUUUAACAAACCCCGAAAGGAGCUGCUUGUUAUCACCUGAUUUAAACUUUUCAAAUGUUUGUAAACCAGACUAUUUUGUCUGUGGGAUUUUUUGCAAGUUCCUUAAAUAACUGUAUCCUUCUUGUUUUAACUGUUACCCAUAACUUUACCUUUAAGCGAAUUUAAUGCGCCUACAAAAUUCGUUAUAUUCGGCGUUUAGACGAAUAAAAGUGUCGUGACGGUGGCCUUUAUAAAUACCACGCCCAACUCACUGUGAUGUCAUUUCCGCUUUUCAUGCGCGCAAGGAUGGAAAAGCACGCUGCAUUUGGAAAGACGACAGAGAGAGCAUCCGCCAUGUCUCAUCGUGAGAUGGCGACGAUGGUGAGACUUCUUGACAAAUACAAAUAUGAAGAUUGGCGGACAAUAGCUAAGAAACCACCUUUUUAUAAGAAGACCAUUAUGCAAAAGAUUGCAAGGAUUUUAAAGAAGCAAUAUGGAGUGGAUAGAGACAUCAGACAGCUGCAGAAAAGGUGGUCAGAUCUGAAGUGCAGAGAAAAGAAUCAACUUAAAAAAAUUCGUGAAACAAUAAGAAAAAAAUCUAAACAAACCAACCAUGACAGGACAAAAACGAACAAACACCCUUCUUCAGACAAACCAUGUCAAAAUUCUUCUUCACAAACAAAACCUGUUGCAACAAAAGGUCAACCUGCAUCUGCAGACAUCGAAGUUUCUCUAAAUUCUUCCAUACAAACCAUGCAAGACCCUUCAUCUGGCACACCCACUUCUUCAAACAUCGAGGAUCAUCAUAAUUAUUCUUCACAAACCAAGCAUGCCACUUCAAAAACUGCUGAACCCACAUCUGACAUUGGCAAUUUUCAAAAUUUUUCAGAAGAGCUUAUGGAAACUUGCAACAAACUAGAACGUGAUGAUGCUGCAUCCCAGUGCUCUAUUGAUUUGUUCAGUUAUCCUUCAGAAGAAAUUGUUGAAUUGAAACAAGAUGUCAAAUUUAUUAAGUUGUUACUUCUACGUAUUGCAAAACAUCUUUUCAAUACUGAGGAAAUAUCAGAUAAUGAAUGUGUUCAAGUUUCUAACAGUACUUAAAUCUGAGAUCUGUUUACGAGUAUUCUAAAUAAUCCUUAUUUGUUAAUUGUAUUUGAUAUUUUUAUAAGCAUCAUGAUAUUCUUUUAACAUAUCAUGAGCGAGUUGAUUUAUAAGAGAAACCUUUUUGAUAUUUAAGAUUUGAUACAUAUAGCACACUGGUGUUCUUCUGUGACUUCUACAAGAAGUUUUGUACACUGCACGAUUAUUGUUUCUUUAAAUUUUAAGCAUGGUGUUCAAUAGAACAUACAAUCAUUACAAUUCAGCUCGUCCAUCUGAACAAGGCAUAGCAAAGGUGUCUGAUGUUAUUUCUAAUGUUUGUACAAUUCUUCCUUGCUCCAACUGACUCUGAAUGAGAAGCGUCCAUUUGAUAUAGCACACUGGUGUUCUUCAAAAGUACUUGUAGAAGUCACAGAAAACUGCACGAUUAGUGUUUCUUUAAAUUUUAAGCAUGGUGUUCAAUAGAACAUACAAUCAUUACAAUUCAGCUCGUCCAUCUGAACAAGGCAUAGCAAAGGUGUCUGAUGUUAUUUCUAAUGUUUGUACAAUUCUUCCUUGCUCCAACUGACUCUGAAUGAGAAGCGUCCAUUUGAUAUAGCACACUGGUGUUCUUCUGUGACUUCUACAAGAAGUUUUGUACACUGCACGAUUAUUGUUUCUUUAAAUUUUAAGCAUGGUGUUCAAUAGAACAUACAAUCAUUACAAUUCAGCUCGUCCAUCUGAACAAGGCAUAGCAAAGGUGUCUGAUGUUAUUUCUAAUGUUUGUACAAUUCUUCCUUGCUCCAACUGACUCUGAAUGAGAAGCGUCCAUUUGAUAUAGCACACUGGUGUUCUUC